GAAGGACUGAGAAGUGACAACACGCAGUCUAAGCAAACAGAAGAAGUAACCAGUUAUGUUGGAGAAACAAAACAAAAACCCGAACUCAUAACGCGGUCUCUGAUCCUUAGAAUCUCCGAGUGUCGUCAUCCCGUUAAGCAAACAAUUUCUUGGAGAAGCAGAAGCAGCUUUCAUUACUUUCCAGUUAAACAACAGAUUGAUUGAUUGAUUGAUUUCUACAGAUACUGAUCACUGCAAAGAUUGAGACUUCUCCAAUGGAAUCCAUGGCAGAAGCAGACCCAGAACCGCCGCCGCCACCAUUCCCACCACCACCACCACCGCCACCACUGUCCGACCUUAUCCUCUCCCUAGAACAAGCAACCCUUAUGGCCAAACAGCUCCCUUGCACCGCCGACCCCACUCACCUCCUCCACAUCCAUUCCUCCCUCCACCAAGCCCACCUGCACCUCUCCAAUUUUCUCUCCACACACAAAUUGCCCCAGCCCCAGCGACAGAACUCCCUCUCCUCCGCCACCGGCAACGAGCCCAUGCAAGUCGGCGAUGGCGAUGGCGACGAUGAUUGUGAUGGCUUUGGAGAGGGGGAUUCCAGGCCCACAAUUGACAUGGUUGAGGAGCAGAUGAGGGAUUGCUUCAUCAAGAACAAGCGGCCCAAGAGGCGGCUUUCGCCUUCUGCGGCGGCCCUGGCGGAGGAGAGGCGGAUGAACGGUGAUGGGUUUGUGGGGAGUGUGAAGGGUUUUGAUCCUCAUGGCUCAAAGGAGAGGGCUUUGGAGCUUGUGUACCAGUUUCAUGGCUGAGCUGGGUGGAAACAGAGCAAAAACAGGGGAAACUACAGAGGAGUUCUGUUGCGUUUUGCACUGCAAUGAAUCCGACGAUUCACAAGGACAUGAAUACAUUUCACCUUGCAGUCAAGGUAUGAAGUUCAAGCCUUUCGAAUUAGAAGUUAACACUGGAACAGCUCCGCCCCAGUUCAUGGACUGCAGGUUCAAGGGUUUUCUGACUCCACUGAUUGAGGAGGGUGAGUAAAACUUGGAUUCUUAGUGCUAUAUCGUUCUUCUUGUUUGCAUCGGCAAAACUAAUCAGAUUCUCAAUGACUACGAAUUUUCAUGUGUUACUACCUUACUAUUGUUUAGUCUUGCAUGAUCAUUAAAGUAAGUUGUCUUUUUAAAUUAUGAAAAUUGGGUGUUCGUUGUUGCAUAAUUAGUAAUUCAUCGUAACAGAAACUUCAAAAACACAAAAACAUAAUCCUGAAUUCUGUGUCUGGACUUCAAUUUUUUAGCUCAAAAAGAGAGAAGAUAUUGGAGAAAUGACAGGGAGAAAUGACAACGAAUGACCUUAGCCAAAAAUCAUAAUAAGUUUGCAUCUAAAACUUAUUUCGACUUAAAAGUUACUUUGAAACGCAAACAAAGCGGGUUUUUGCUUUCUCAAAUUUCCAUAUACAUCACACUUUUAAUGUACUUUGAAGUAAUGAAUUAAGCCAUGGAAAUGGUUUUUAGGGGGAGACUUGGUGCUAAUGUUACUUACUAAUUUACUAUAAUUGUGCAUGUUCUAUUAAUACUAAUGAUUGUGGAAGCCGAUGAUCUUCUCUUCAUUUCUCUUCACAUCGUUCCCCAAUUCUCUUUUCACUUGCUUCUAAUUCUAGUGAAGACUGUAUAGUUACAAGUAUUAUCCCUACAUCGUUCAUGAUAGUUCGUCAAAUUCCCCUCAAGAUGAAAGAAAAUUUUGGGUUGCAAGUAUGGCUUAUUGGGUCAUGAUAUUCCUGCAUACUUGCAAUCUCAUCUUUUUGAAAAUACCAUCGCAGAUCCUGAGUUCUGGACCUGGUUAGCCACGGCGCAUGCGCUGCGGAGAAUGUUUCUGAGCGAAAAUGAGGGAAGGAAGAAGAUUAUCAUCAUAGACAUAACUGUGAACCAUGUAGGUACCAAGAAGAUGGUGGAUAAGAAAUCAAUUGAAACCCAACUCAUGUUCGAUACGCUGAUGAUGGCCACUAUUGCCGGCAAAGAGCAUAGCAAAUCAGAAUUGGUUGUUGGGUUCACUCACUAUAACAUCACUCAAUAAGCUUGGUUUGAAGUCUCUUAUCGAUGUUUAUCUCUGAAAAAUAAGAUGGUUUAUCAUCUCGAGUCGACUCACAGAACGUAAACGUGAUAUAUGGCGUCUACAUGGUACAUGAAGGGUUAAGCUGGCAACAGAAAGCAGCAGGGGCGCACAAUAAGAUCAACUAUGAAUCGACGGUUGAUGCUUCCCUUGUGGUUGCAAGAUUUGGGUGAUUCAAUGAAUGUAAAACUUUGUUUACUCAUUUACCUUCAAAAGUUAGCACCACAUGGAUCAACAUCAACCUUAAUAUUUCUAGCAUUAGUCUCUUACUACUUACCCGGCACUCCGACUUUCGGGAUGCUUGAAUGAGUGAAGAGGAGUCUCCCUGCCAAAGGCUUUCUAUC